GUGAAACGAAAUGUCAUAUCAAAUGCACGAAAAUAACAAAAAUGGCUGAAGAACAGGAGGUGAUUAGAAUAGAGCAUCUCUGUAAGCAACUGUACGAGUCCCAGGAUCCUCAUCUGCGGGACCAGGCGGAGAUAACAGUUGUCAAUUUCCAGGAGUCUCCGGACGCUCUCAGCAAGUGUCAGGCGUUGUUGGAGCGAGCUGAUUCCAGUUAUUCCCAACUCCUAGCAGCCACGACCCUAUCCAAGCUAGUCAGCAGAUCGACAACAAGUCUGUCUGUGCAACAACGACUGGACAUCCGCAACUAUGUCCUCAACUACUUGGCCACCCGGCCAAAGCUGGCCAACUUCGUCGUCCAGGCGUUGGUGUCCCUGUUUGCCCGGAUCACGAAGCUUGGCUGGUUCGACAUGGUUAAGGAGGAAUAUGUUUUCCACAACGUCAUGAGUGAUGUGUCUAGCUUCCUGCAGGGCGGAGCUGAGCUGUGUUGCGUGGGCGUGCAACUGCUGUCGUGUCUGGUGCAAGAGAUGAACGCGCUGUCUGACGCGGAUGCUGCGAGAUCGUUGGCUAAGCAGAGGAAGAUAGCGUCCAGCUUCAGGGACACCCAGUUGUAUGAGAUGUUCCGUCUGUCGUGUUCCCUGUUGGGGGCAGCGCGACGCGAAGCCCUAGAGACAAUGGGGGAGCCCUACACGUUACUCACAGCGCUCCUGCGACUGGCGCACAACUGUCUGGCGUUCGACUUCAUCGGUACUACUACGGACGAGAGCUCGGACGACCUUUGUACUGUGCAGAUACCAACAGCGUGGAGGCCGACGUUCCUAGAGCCCGGGACCUUGGAGCUAUUCUUCAAUCUGUACCACGGCGUGAGAUCAACCGGUUCGUUGUCGCUGGCCUGUCUCGUACAGCUGGCCAGCGUAAGGAGAUCUCUGUUCAGUAACAGCGAGCGGGCGAAGUUCCUGAACCGAUUGGCAGCUGGUGUUAUGAGGAUCUUGGAGGACACGCAGGGUCUCUCAGACCCGACCAACUACCACGAGUUCUGUCGUCUCCUCGCGCGCCUCAAGUCCAACUACCAGCUGGGCGAGCUGGUGAUGGUGGACAACUACCCGCGCCUCAUCGAGCUGGUAGCCAAGUUCACGGUCCAGAGCCUGCAGGUGUGGCAAUUCGCUCCCAACAGCGUUCACUACCUGCUGUCGCUGUGGCAGCGGAUGGUGGCCUCCGUGCCGUACGUGAAGGCUUCGGAGCCACACUUGCUGGACGUGUACGCGCCGGGGGUCACAGCGGCGUACGUGGCCUCCAGGCUGGACAGCGUCCCCGUCCUCGUCAGCGAAGGCCUGGAGGAUCCGCUGGACGAGGUGGGCACUGUGCAGCAGCAGCUGGAGCAGGUGUCGGUGAUAGGGCGCUGCGAGUACGGCAAGACCUGCCAGCUGCUGGUGGCGCACUUCGACCAGGCGGCGGCCGCGUACACCGUGGAGACCGACCCUCGACAGAUACUGGUGUUACAAGGUCAGCUGAGCUGGUUGGUGUACAUAAUAGGGGCGGCGAUCGGCGGCAGGGCGUCGCUGAACACGAGCGAGGAGAACGACGCCAUGGACGGGGAGCUGGUGUGCCGGGUGCUGAGGCUGAUGGACCUCACGGACUCCAGGCUGGCUGCGGGUGGCUGUGAGAAGCUGGAGCUGGCUAUGAUGUCGUUCUUCGAAGCCUUCAGGAAGAUCUACGUGGGCGAACAGGUCCAGAAGAACAGCAAGGUGUACGGACGUCUCAGUGAGGUGCUGGGACUGAACAACGAAAGCCAGCUGCUGAGUGUCAUCAUGAGGAAGAUCAUAACAAAUCUAAAGUAUUGGGGAGGUUCAAAGGCAAUUAUCAGCAAGACGUUGUCGCUGCUGAGCGAUCUGAGCGGUGGGUACUCGUGUGUGAGGAAGCUGGUCAAACUGGAGGAAGUGCAAUUCAUGCUGUCACAUCACACGGCCGAGCACUUCCCUUUCCUCGGCGUGGGAGCCGGGAGCGCUGAGAUGAGAUGCAGGAGCAUGCUGUACACAGCUCUCGGGAGACUGCUCAUGGUGGAGCUGGGAGAGGACGAGCAGAAAUUUGCCGCUUUCGUUAUGCCGUUGUCCGCGGCCUUCGAAAACAUUAUGGGUCUCCUGAACCCGGGGGACAGUUCCAUGUACGCGUCUGAAGAAGCCAAGAAGACGCUCAUAGGAGUAGCUCGCGAUCUCUGCGGACUGGCCUUCGCCUUCAACACUAAGACGACCUACAUGAUGCUGUUUGAUUGGAUCUACCCCGUAUACAUGAAGCUGCUGCUCCGCGGGCUGGAGGUGUGGUUCAACGACCCGGCGGUCACCACCCCCGUGUUGAAGCUGGCCGCCGAGCUCGCCAUGAACAGGAACCAGCGGCUGCAGUUCGACGUGAGUUCACCCAACGGUAUACUACUGUUCAGGGAGCUGUCUAACAUCAUAUGCGCGUACGGCAGCAGGAUAACUACACUGGAAAUUGCCAAGAAGCAAAUGUACGCCAAGAAGCUGAAGGGCAUCUCGCUGUGUUUCUCGAUACUCAAGGCGGCCCUGUGCGGGAACUAUGCUAACUUCGGAGUAUUCAGGUUGUACGGUGACGACGCCCUGGACAACGCGCUGAACAUGUUCGUGAAGCUCCUCCUCAGCAUACCACAGAGUGAUCUGUUGGACUAUCCCAAGCUAUCUCAGACGUACUACGUGUUACUGGAGCGCCUCGCCCAGGACCACAUGCCUUUCCUAGCGUCGCUCCAGCCAGAUGCAGCUCUGUACAUACUGGCAUCUAUAUCCGAGGGACUUACAGCGCUCGAUACGAGCGUGUGCACGGGAUGCUGCGCCACCCUGGACCACAUCGUUACCUACCUCUUCAAACAGUUAGUGCAGAAGACCACCAACAAGGGCGGCAACAGACAAGUCCCCGAGAGCAACAUGUUUAUAGAGGUGUUGCAGCGGAGGCCUGAGAUCAUGCAGCAGCUAUUGGCUACUGUGCUGAACCUGAUCAUGUUUGAGGACUGCUGCAACCAGUGGUCCAUGUCCAGGCCCCUGCUUGGCCUGGUACUUCUAAACGAGGAGCAGUUCUCCCGCCUCCGAGAGCAGAUCAUAUCUCAGCAACCAGCUGAUAAGCAACAACAGCUCGCUCAAUGGUUCAACGGGCUCAUGGCUGGGAUUGAACCGAAUCUCCUCACUAAGAACAGGGACAGAUUCACACAGAACCUCUCUAUGCUGCGGCGUGACAUCAACGAUUUACUAAAGGGCAGCUCUGUGAACACCUCGGUGACGGACAUGAUGACGUCAUAGCACGCUGACGUCACCGCCCCGACCACUGCGCCCAGUGACGCCACCGGGCCCAUCCAGAUGAUGGAGCACAGCCACGUUACAUGACGUUGUACACACGAGUCAAUCAAUGACAUGUCAACUAAUGAUAUAAGUACAUCUCCGCUAACUGGUCACAUUGUAAAUUGUACAACCGAAUCAACUUUGUACACACAGCUGAUUGCGUUAAUCGUACACGUCCGCCGUGUAUAACUAUUAACUAUUGUUAACUAACGGGAUUUGUACACAACGUUCGACUUGGUGUAAUUUUAGCUUCAUAAGGAUGGUUCCCGGCUGUGACGUCACGACCCUAGUUUUUGACCUAUGACGUCAUCGUCAGCGGAAGGCUGUGCGUAUGUAAAUAGUGCUUCGGGCUUUCAUAAUUUCUCUCAAACAAUUCCUAAUUUAAUGUACAAAAUGUAUGUUCCAACUAGCAAUACAAACUACUGUGGUCUAUGUCAGAACUAGCAAGGGGUCGUUGACCUUCCUUAAUUUCUUCUUUGACCGCUCCGACCCGUUUAUAUAUUACUUUCUGCAUAUCUUUACGGCUAUGUUAAUAUUAGGCUGGAAUCGCUUAACGUGAUUAAAACCUUAGUGAUAAUGAAAUGGUAAGUAUCUGUAGGUUUUUGAUUUUAAUAACAUCGAGCUGGUUGGUACAUUGGCAGCUCGACCGGUCGCCAUGUUUGAUUUGCGCAAAAUGGCGUCACCGCCAUCUUAGUUAUGUAUGUAUGUACGUCACACACGUGUGUGUGUGUGUGUGUAAAUUUCCUAUGAUAAAAUUCAAUAUUUUGUUACUAUUGAAGAUUUGGUUUUUAUCUUGUAGACACGAUUGUGAUUGAGAAUGUGAAAAAUUUUUGUUGUUUAUAAGAUUUUAUAUUAGCGGAUAGUUUCCAUGGAAACGGCAACGGAAGUUCAACGCGAACGGAUGUACGGGCAAGUAACGGAUGCGGUUGAUCUGUCUAUAGAUAAAGAUAUCUAUAGACAGAUGUUAAAACCGUAAGUUAUAAAGCCGAGUCUACACGAUUUUGUGCUCCCGUUUAUUUUAUAAUUUGUGUUUUGUACGGACGAGUUGUAAAUAGUGAAUAAUAUGUGAUUUGUACAAAG